GUGCGCGGCUACCGGUCGCGUAUCGUUCGAUCCCACUUGGAUACAUUGAUUCUCGUCAAUCUCGUCCAUCACCUCCUUCUCUUCUUGUUAUCGCUGCCGCUGCUACUGCUUCUUCUUCUUCUUCUUCUUCUUCACCUACUCACCUUGGUAUAAAAGACUGGUCGUCCUUCGAAGGUUUAACAUUAAUUAAAAGACGACGACACGACAUAGAACGCAGAUUGGUGUAGAUGCGGACAGCAAGAAUUCCAAAACGAUAAGAAGACUUGUUAAUUAAGGACACCAAGUCGUUGUGUCGAGAUGGCCGGGCACUCCUUGUUCGCGAAGCUGUUUCUGGUCGUGUUUGCAAUAUUUUUCGUGAAUAUUCGUGAGAAUCACGCUUACAAUCCUCCGGCAGCCACAGUAGAACCGCUUUAUCCUACUGGAUUGCGCAUAUCCAUCCCUGACGAGCAAGGAAUCACACUGGUGGCCUUCCACGUAAAGUUCAACGAGGACUUUGACGGUCUGGAAGCUGGACAUAUCGCUAAGGACAUCCUCAAGAUUCGUAACGGACGAUGGACCUACCAGGACCGAAACACCAUGUUGAAGAGGGACGACAUCAUUUAUUAUUGGGUCCACGUUGUGUAUCAGGGACUUGGUUACAACUUGAUUGAUCAGUCACACCGAGUUAUCGAUUUUUACAAUUCCGACGGCACGCUGCACGUCACCGACAGGAUUCAGCAUAAUUGCACGACAAAAUCGGCUACGUGGUUUUUCUCCAAAGAUGGCGUACGACAGCAAGCUUGUCCGCGUGAGCUCUUGUUCGAGGAUAACUUUGACAAUCUUGACAGCACAAAUUGGAAUUUUGAUCGACGUUUCGCUGGCCCGCCGAAUUACGAGUUUGCCUUCUAUAUGACUGAGGAUGUAACAGACGUGAGCGAUGGACAGUUACGCAUCAAGCCGAUCCUAACUAACGACAAAUUCGGCAAGAACUUUGUGACGCAAGGAAGAGUGGUCCUGGAGCGUUGCACAGGCCAGGUUGAUACGGACGAGUGUCAGCGCCAAGCUGCCGGUGCGUACAUCUUGCCGCCUGUGGUCUCUGGACGCUUAAAUACGAAGAGCAAAUUUGAGUUUUUGUUCGGGCGUGUCGAGAUACGAGCUAAGUUACCGCUCGGCGACUGGGUGUAUCCCGUUAUUACUCUAAAGAGCUCCGAGAGCGAGCAGGAGCAUGAGAUGUACCGUGAGAUUAGGAUCGCGUCGUCGGUGGGCAACGAGGAGCUGAGGACCACCGACAACAAGAAUAUCGGCGGUCGCAUACUGCGCGCGGGUGGAUUGAUCACUUCCGUGAACGAUAGGGACGCGCCGACUAGUAGUCGCUCGAAUCUUCCGAAGAGACCGUCGAGUAAAUCCUGGUCGGAUGAUUAUCAUAUUUUUGAAAUCGAAUGGAAGAGCGGUCUCAUCAUCGUGAAGGUCGACGGUGUUCAAUACGGCGAACAGAUCGUAGACGGAACGUUCGGCAAACGGUCGUACUUGACCUUGGGCGUAGGUGUGGGUGGCAUUCACGAAUUCGCGGAUCAUUCGAUCAGUAGUGGUUACGUCAAGCCAUGGCGAAAUGUUGAGGCGAAGGCGAUGUACAACUUCUAUCGUGCAAAGGAUCACUGGUACCCAACAUGGCAGACAAAAACGGCGCUCCAAGUAGACUACGUGAAAAUAUGGUCGCUGUGAAUACUUCUAUGGGCUCUUCAUGUGGGACUUUUCACGUCACCACCGUACAUAUAUAACGAUUUUUCAUAACUUUGAAUAUAUUUUAUAUCUGUCUUCGUAUGCGCGUAACAUAAAAGUAUAUGCCGUUGUCCAACAAACGAUCUCUCGGCUUGUACAAACGGAAUAAAUGACUAAACACUU